UCCAGCAUUCGGACUCAACAAUGAACGAAAUAAGAACCCAGGAAGAAGGGCCCGAGGCCAAACGCAGGAAGAUUCGCAAAGGCACUAGAAGCUGCUGGGAGUGCAAGCGGCGGAAGGUCCGUUGCAUCUUCACUUCGCCCGCGAACAUUGUCUGCGAUAACUGUAGACGACGGGGAACGGGAUGUAUCAGCCAGGAACACCCUGAUCCUCCGGCGCCUUUCGUCAGCAGCAAUCAUGUAGAAACUCGGCUCGGCCGGGUGGAAGAACUUCUCGAGCAAUUGGUCCACAAAGGGGACACCGCGCAUGCCCUACACUACUCCCCCGAAGAUCUCUCCGAGGCUCGGUCGACCUUGGUGACACUAGAUGAAGUUGAUAGGACAGAGCUAGCGUCAUCGGCAAUCAACACGCCAACUUCUACCGACUCAGGCCGCAGGGUGAGGCCCGCAUCGCCAGCCGUCGCCAGGACCAAAUCCCUAGACGGGCAAGUCUCCGGCAAGUAUGAAAAUUUGGUCCGGGACCUUAUCGUCGCCUGGCCUAACCAACGUGAUCUUAAUAUCAUCUGCAACCUUCCUGUUGGACUUUCAGCGCAUCUGCACCCGGCAAUAUGCUCUCCCAGUUAUAGCUUUACGGGCCAGGACCCGCCAUCACCGCGGGAGAUGCUGCAAUUGCCCCCGCCAAGUUCCCAUCCGGUACUGAUCGCGCGGAAGCUCCUGGUGCUGGGCACGUUUCUACAGGGCGUCCUUCCGUCUGCGAUGCAGAGCUUACGGGACCAGGGCGCAUCCUACCGUGAUCUUAUGGCAAGAGUUGUUGAUAGAGCAAUCAGGCUAGUGACCACCAAUGACGAGCUCAUCGGCUCUGUCGAAGGCAUUGAGUGCAUUUUGAUCGAGGCUAUGUACCAGAACUAUGCCGGGAAUCUCCACCAGGCAUGGAUGGCGAUGCGCCGAGCGGCCGCUAUUGCGCAGAUGAUGGCACUACACCGCGGUCUCGAUUCGCGGUCCCUGAAAAUACUCGAGCCUGAAGCCAAGGCUUCUUUUAACCCGGACCACAUCUGCUUUCGCCUGGUGGAAAUGGACCGCUAUUUGUCACUCAUGCUCGGCCUGCCACCAGCAUCACUUGAGGCCCGUUUUGCCACUCCAAAGGCAUUGGAGGGAUGUCAUCCAAUUGACCGUAUACAGCGCAUCCAUUGCGCCGUUGCUGGACGCAUUCUGAGGUGCAACGGGACUGACCUAAGCAGCCUUGCCAGAACCCACGACAUUGACAGGCUACUGCAGAAAGCCGCCGCAGAGAUGCCGCCCCAGUGGUGGCUGAUUCCGAAUUUUGUGUCUAGAAAUAACGAUCGUGCAGAGCUACAGGCCGAUAUGGUUCGCCUCAACGCCCAAUUCGCUCAACAACACUUGCUCUUACGGCUACAUCUGCCUUAUAUGCUGCGCUUCCCAUCCGACCACCGAUAUGAUCACAGCAAAAUCACCACCGUCAAUGCUAGCCGCGAGAUCCUAUCUCGGUACGCAACCUUCCGCACCGCAAACCCUGCCCACUUCUACUGCCGUGGAAUCGACUUUCUUGCCUUUGUUGCCACCACCGUAUUGUGUCUCGCCCACAUAGAGUCGCACGGCCAGCGCCACCAGCCCUCGCAAACUCCGAACUUUAGCACUAUCUUCAACUACCUUGCUCACAGCCGCCCCAGCGAUCGUGGAACGAUGGAGCGCACCCUCGAGAUUAUGGACUCUAUGGCCCGGACUGGCACUGAUAUGAUUGCCUCUAAGCUUACCCGCAUCAUCCAUCAUUUGCUCACCGUGGAGGCGGCAGCCGCCAACGGCACUAUAUACAGUGCGAGCUCAUGCAAAGGAGACGGGGGAGAACUCGAGUAUGAUGGCAAGAUGACCGACAGCGGCACUUCGCUGCAUAUAUAUCUCCCUUACUUUGGGACAAUAAAGUUCGAACGUGGCUCCAUCUCAACUUCUGCUUCCACGGCAUUGACAAAGACCCAGCUGGGCGUCUUGACCCCAUCGGCUACGGAUAGAUCACUCGAACACAAUGAUCUCUCGCUAUCUACGUCUAACUUUCAUAUCGGCAACCAGUUGGUAUCUCCUAAUUCACAUUUGCAAGAUGGCCAGCUGUUAUCCUCGCAACACCCCUCUGCGACAGAUGAAGUGCCUUGCAUUUCCAGCUGUAACCUGGAACCCAAUCAACUACCGAUCCCACCGGAGCUUUCCGGUGUAGAUGAAUGGGGCCUGCAGGAUGUUGACGUCGCCAUCUUUAAUAGCCUUUUUCGUGACAUAGCCAUCCCAGAUGCGGUUGAGGAGGAGACUUGGGCGCAAUGACUAGGCAUGGCCUAGUAGGAGGCUCUCGAUGAUAUUCAUAAAGUUUUCGUCGUUGACACGUAGAAAUGUCUAUCAAGAUAGCCACUGAGAAGUUUUCCUACAUAUCGCUAUAGCUCUCGAAGUGAUUACUAUAUGUUUCUAUACGAAGAUGGGUUGGAGCAAUUGCAGCGUUUCAUAUUCUUAUAUUGAGCAUGCUGUUCACUCAACUGUGAAGGUAACUAAGUAUCCUUCCGCCGGCCUACAAAUUAUUAAGAGUCAUUGUCCGUUGACCAUUUGAAGUUCGCGAUUUUUGUAUAGGUGGGUAUUGGAGCGGGAAGAGGAAAGGAAGGAGAGCGUUGCGCGGAGCUACAACUUGAACUCAUAUGUCCGCAUUAUUUUGUUUCUAUUUUAGCAAGCUUUACCUGCUGAUAUCUCGAGUUGGGUCAUAAAUCGACCACUCUUUUAUGUACUUUCUAACAGACAUGUAUGCUUAGUUUACGUAGACUGGUUCGUGGACUAGGUUACUGCACAUGCUG